AUAAUUCGAUUCGAUCUAAAUAAAAGAGAUCUUAUUGCUUAACUCCUGCAUCUGAGUUGGUGGCACCCAAUGAGGACUAUGGAAAAGUGCCGGGACCCCUGAGGUCUCAACUGCCAGUGGUGCAUUAAGUCUCUACACAGAAGAUCUAGAGACACUACCUAGGUUCCUAUCAACACCCACCAUGCAUAUUCUGUCACAUCAUUAAGAGAUGUCUUUACAGAAUGGUCUCUCUAAGCGCCUCAACCAAGUACCCCCACUAAUACGAACUGCUCAUUCAUAAGUACCAAGAGCCCCGAUGUGGCGUGAUACAAAUCCUAGUUCUCUUUCUGCUCUCAAUAUCGUCCCGUAUGGCUGGAUGAGAUUUGCUCAAAAUCUGCAGCGGCCGCCCUACGUCGUCCCACGUCGUUCCACAAAGAAUUUUUAGUACCGGCUCUCACCUACGUUCCUUUCUUUAUCGCUAGUGCAAGCUCACCAUGGCGACCUCUACUUCAGACUCAUUCCCGCUGGCGACGGAUGAGCCCUAUAACGAAGGCGACAGUGGACCGGGCUCGAUCAGUUCCGGCGGCAGCAUUGACGAUUCUGCGGGGGCAUCUGGAAGCAGCCCUGGCGUUGUUCAAAUUUCCCACGGUGCGAUAGUCGCAAUAAUAGUUGUCGUUGCCGUUGUUUGCGUACUUGGAAUUUCUACAGCGGUGCUCUUUUACCUGGCCAAGAAGAGGGAAUGGAAGGUUAGGGAGAGCAUUCGUCGUUCGGCAAGGAAGGUAGUCACUGCUCUCACACCCCGUAGAUCGGAAUUCCCAAGGUCGGCCAAGGAGUCCUCUGGUAACUCAUCUCGAGGUCGUCUUCGCUUAAAUGAUGUACCACCAACACCUAAACUGCGGCCCGAAGACGUUGAGAAGGGCCUUGCCCAGUCAACUACCAGAGAGGAUUCGCAGAAGAGAGGCAAGAAGUGGACAAGGAAAUAAAUAAUCGUACGGUGCGGACUAUUUCGGAUAGGUCAUGGUUACUUGGGAGAAGACAUGGGCGUCGAAUCGGUUGUGGUAUUUAAAUGGC